AUGAUUGAAAUUCACCCUCAAUUCUCGUCCAGUUAUCCCAAUUCUGCCAAAAUCAUCGUGAUUAUCAUCACCUAUAAUAACGAGCGUUUUAACCCUUCUAGCGUCUUAAUAGCUGGGACGACAGAAGGAAAACCGAAGCAGCGUUUAAGUAAGUUCCCUGAAGAUUUCGAGUUCGGAUCGGCUACGGCUGCAUACCAAGCAGAAGGUGCUUGGAAUGUUGAUGGGAAAGGACUUUCGAUAUGGGACCAUCUGGUACGCACAAAACCAGAACAAAUAUUCGACAACACUACCGGUGACGUAGCGGCCAAUUCCUACUUUCUUCACAAGAGAGACACUGAAAUGCUCAAAGAGCUUGGAGUUAAAAACUAUAGGAUGUCAAUUUCCUGGCCGAGGAUACUGCCAAACGGUGACGCAAGUCAAGUGAACCCACUGGGUAUCGCCCAUUAUAACGCCGUAAUCGACGAGCUGCUCGCAAAUGGUAUUACACCAUUUGUCACAAUUUACCAUUGGGACCUACCACAGCACUUGAGCGAAAAGGGAGGCUGGCUGAACGAUGAAAUAGUGGACUGGUUUUCGGACUACGCUAGGAUUCUCUACGAGAACUUUGGCGACAGGGUAAAGAAUUGGUUGACGGUGAACGAGCCGUGGGUCCACUGUUAUCUGGGCUACGGGUCGGCACUACACGCGCCGCAGGUCAAAUCACCGGGAGUGGGCUAUUAUGAGUGCGGUAGGAACAUGCUUUUGGCCCACGCCAAGGCGUACCGCAUCUACGACGAAGAGUUCAGGCCGUCGCAGGGCGGUGAGGUUGGAAUCGUGCUUAGCUUGGACUGGCCGAUAGCAGAGAGCGACUCGGAGGACGAUAAAGAUGCCGUUAAAGACUACAUUGCAUUUGGCCUCGGACAUUUUAUGGACCCCAUAUUCACUAAGACUGGCAACUAUCCACAAAGGGUGAUAGAACGCGUGGAAAAAGCCAGCAUCCAGCAAGGAUUCAAUGCUUCCAGACUUCGCCCUCUAACUGAAUGGGAGAUUGACUAUAUUAAAGGCACAUCUGAUUUCCUCGGACUCAAUCACUACUCCAGCAAGAUUGUUUACAGGAACGAAUCUGUAGUUGGGCAGAACGAGGAAUACGCACCGGGCUUCUAUAGUCUUAUCAAAUACGUGCAAGAGACCUACAACAAUCCAAAGGUUUACAUCACGGAGAAUGGCUGCUCUGUUACCGAAACCGGUCUCGUAGACCCCAUUAAGGUGCAAUACUACAGAAACUACUUGAGUGCACUUCUCCAAGCAAUAGAAGAGGGAGCAAAUGUAAAGGGCUACUUCGCUUGGAGUUUGAUGGACUCCUUUGAGUGGAACUUCGGUUACACCAUAAAAUUCGGCCUCUACGAGACCGACAUGAACGACCCAGACAGGAAAAGAACCGCGAGGAAAUCUGCCCUCGUGUACAAAGAGAUCGUAAGGAGCAAGGUUAUUGACUACGAAUACGACAUCGACCCUUACAGCCAG